AUGGCAUUCUUUCCAAUCCAUCAUUAUCGUCUUUACGAUAAUCCAAUUGAUCGAUUCUUUGGUGAUCAACUAGAUUUCUUUGAUCCAUGGUAUGAUUUAAAUACCUCACCAAAAGCUGUCGUCAUAGUUCCAAAUACUUUUCGAUGGAUUAAUGAACCAGAACAAUUAAUACAAUCAUCAUACAAUACACAAACAAGUGACAUAAAUACGAAUAAGAUAAAAAGAGCACCUAAUUUGGAAAAAUUUCGAGUUCAACUUAAUGUAGCUGGAUUCAAUCCAGAAACAAUUAAAACAAAAGUUGAAGGUCGAAAAGUAAUUAUUGAAGCUAAACAAGAAGAACGUCAUCCUGAUGGUGAUUAUAAUAUUCGAGAAUUAAGAAAAUCAUAUAUAUUACCUGAAUAUGCUGAUGUAAAUCGUUUAGCAUCAUAUGUAACACCAAAUAAAAUGUUAGUUAUUGAAGUUCCAAUCCAUAAUCCAGAAGUAGAACGUCGAGUUGCUCAAGCAAAGAAUGAAAAUCAAAAUUUAGCUCAAUUUGGUCAAUAUCGAGAUCCACAUUUUGAUUAUAGUAAUUUCUUGCAUGGUUCAGAUUUUCAACCACGAAUUGUUGAUAAAGGUGAUAAUAAAAAACAACUUGAAAUGUCUAUUGAAAUGAAAAAUUAUAAACCAGAAGAAAUUAAAGUAUCAAUAAAGAAUAAUGAAUUGAUUGUUAAAGGUGAACAUCGACAUAAAGGUGAUAAUAGUUUUGAACGAUCAUUCUUUUUCAAAUCAACAACAUUACCACCAGGUACACAAGUUGAACAAACUCAAUCAUAUUUUACUGAUGGUGGUCAAUUGAAAAUAGAAGCACCAUAUGUUGAACAAAAAGAAGCUACAAAAUCUGUUGAACAGAAAGAAGCUGUGAAACCUGUUGAAGAACAAAAAAAAUAA